AUUGAGAAAUUUGAAUGGUGAACAUAACAUUUACACAAAUAUUCCUAAGUGAAGUGUAGUUGGUUAGACUUGAUUGAUUGUGAUACGUCAAUACUAAACAACCACUGGAAGCUUAAAGCUUUGAAGGUGUUUAAAGAAAUGGACAAUUGGAGAUUAGUAUGCAAUUAAGAUACUUUUGUAUCCACAUCUAAUUGUAAUUCCAUCUUUGCAACUUCCAUUCUUGAAAUGUAUGCAAAAUUUAGUAGCUUCAAUAUUGCAAGAGACUUGUUUGACAAAAUGCGCAAGAGAAACAUUGCUUCUUGGAGUUGUAUGAAUUAAUGCUUAUAAAUUAUAAUCAGUAUGAGAGACAUAACGAGGUCCUUUAUCUCUUUUUUUAUGCGGAAUGGCUUUCUGUCCUGAUAAGGCUGCCUUUUUCAGUUGGGCAGGUCAUUUCGGUGAAGCAGAAAAAUCAAUAGAGACAAUGUCAGUUCAACCGAAUAGUUCUAUAUGGAAACAUCACUGCUGCUAGUCAAUUGAGAGUACUAUUAACAGAGCUGGAAUCUGUUCAAAGUUUUUUUUUUCUAUAUAAAUAUUCUUACUUUAUUUGAAUUUCAGCUUCUGUUCAUAUUCUUAGGAGCUUUUAUUGUGACGAAGUUCAAAAUUUUCAAGGAGCAAACUCAAAAUUGAGGAGUAUAAGUUUUUCCAAAAAGGAUCCUGAAAGGCAACAAAUAUUUUCUGGAGUUCUCUUUGGUAAGUUUUGUUUAUAGCAUUGAAAAUCGAUGACAUUUAACUCAAUUUUAUUUAUUGACUAGUGUUUUGAUAAUAUCAUUGGGACUACAUUGGGCUUUGUAUUGGUGUUAUACUGAGAAACUUUAGGUGUAGGCUGGUCACUUGCAAUUUUUGGGCUGUGUUAGUGUUCAAGUGGGCAAUGCCGUAAUGCAAAAUAGGAUCAAUAUUUACCGAACCGCCAAGAAAAGUUUGAUAUGAUGGAACAAAUUAAAUUUAGAUGCCUGAGUGACAGUGAGACCUCAUUACAUCAUAUCAUUUGUGCCAUAUAUGUGAACAAUCCAAUCUUUCUUUAGUUUUCUUAGUAUAUGGUUGGUGUCUAAAAUUCAUUUAUAGAGUAUGCUGAAAGGCGGCAGCUAAAAUCCAUAUAAAAGAGGGAACUAACAACUAUAGUAUUUGCUGUUUGCUGUGUAGAAAUGGAAGCAUUGCUUAAUAAGGAGGCACUUUAUAAUUAUAAUAGACUUAGAGCAUAGAAGCCCGAAGUUGCUUAUUGAAUAAUGGUGGACUUCAAAAUUAAUAGCUUUUGAUUUUGAAUCUAGUAUAAACCAGAUGAUAAUAGUAACGAGGUAAUUUAAACUUCUUGUUAAGAGUCCCACAUCGGACAAUAUAUGGCCUGAAAUAUGUCCUUAUAGUUAAGAGUCCUCACCUUACAAGCCGGUUUUGUAGGGUUGAGUUAGGCCCAACCACAUUUCUUCACACAAGUAUCUUCCCGGGGAAACUUUUAGUUGAGGUUAAGUAAGUUAGUUAUAGAGUAUCAGAUGGUGCCAAUGAGAAAUCUAGAAAAAAUCAUUUGGAGAAAUGAGUUUGAAAGGCUUAUUUUUUGAUAUUGUGUUUAUAAAAUACUACUCCCUCCGUUUCAUAAUAAGUGUCUCAUUCGCACUUUUUCUGUGUCUCAAAAUAAGUGUCCCUUUAGAAUAUCAAUGCAACAUUUAUUAAUUUUUCCACUAGUAUACCCCUAUAUAUUAACUUUCACGUUUUCCAACUACUCCUCUACCUAUAAUAAAUAAGGGUACUUUAGUAAAUGAUAUUAAAUUUAUCAUUAAAAUCAACACAUCUAAUCAUUUUCUUAAGAACCGUGAAAAGCUCAAAUGGGACACUUAUUAUGAGAUGGAUGGAGUAUUGUUUAUGAGGUGGUUAUCUAGACUUUACUUUUGAUGGAAUUUUACAUUUCCCACUACAUAUUGCAUCUAGAAAGUUUGGUUGCAAAUUUUCCAUUUUAUUAUCACACAGCACUAUCACUUCACUUUUUCUCCCAUAUGCUGUGCUACUUUCUUUGUUGAAUCAUUUAACUUGACUUUUGUUUGCAUUUUAUAAUUAUAUUUUUCGAAAGUAGCAUGUUGUAUUUAAAUCCACAAUGAAAGAGAGGGAAGGACCAUGCUUCUGUAUUCCCCAAACUUAAUUAUCAAACACCUUCUUGCUCUUGAACCAAAUGAAGCCUUAUAUUUUCUUGUUACCUAUGUCUUGGUAUUUAUACCUUCAUCUCUUUACCUUAACCUUAAUGUUCUUAGACCCAAACACAACUGUGACAAUGGCUCUAGGAAACCAAACCGAUCAUUUGGCAUUACUCCAAUUCAAGCAGUUGAUAUCUAAUGAUCCAUAUGGUAUCUUAGAUUCUUGGAACAGUUCUACCCACUUUUGCAAAUGGAAUGGAAUCAUGUGUAGUCCCAAGCAUCAAAGAGUAACAACCUUGAUGUUGCAAGGAUACAAUUUGCAUGGAUCCAUAUCUCCAUAUAUUGGCAAUCUCUCUCAUAUGAGAUUCCUCAAUCUUGGAAGCAACAGCUUCAACGGAAACAUUCCACAAGAGUUCGGUCGUUUGUCACGAUUAAGGUUUCUCCUUCUAGUCAACAAUUCCCUGGAUGGAGAAUUUCCUAUGAACUUGACAAAGUGCUCUGAGCUCAAAGGAAUACACUUAUCAGGAAACAAUCUUAUUGGAAAAAUACCUAGCCAAAUUGGCUCUCUUCAAAAGCUUCAAAAUAUUAUUAUGGCGAAAAACAAUUUUUCUGGGAAAAUCCCACCUUCUGUAAGGAAUCUGUCAUCCCUUAUUCUUUUUGGUAUUGGCUAUAAUAACUUGAAGGGAAAUCUUCCACAAGUGUGCUACCUAAAACAUUUGAAGAGAUUAUCAGUGCAUGCCAACAAAUUAUCUGGUACACUUCCUUCUUGUCUCUAUAAUAUAUCAUCUCUUACUUCUAUCUCAGCUGCAGAAAAUAACUUUACUGGCUCUCUUCCAUCCAAUAUAUUCCACACCCUCCCCAAUCUCCAAUAUUUUGGCAUUGGAAUAAAUCAAAUCUCAGGUUUAAUCCCUAUUUCCAUUUCAAAUGCUUCUACUUUGACAGUAUUUGAUAUAAGUAAAAAUCAUUUUGUCGGACAAGUUCCAAAUCUAGGGAAGAUGCAAAGUCUUCGGCGGUUGAAUUUGGCUUCCAACAAUAUCGGCGACAAUUCAACAAAUGAUUUGGAUUUUUUAAAAUCAUUGACAAACUCUAGUAAUUUGGAAACAUUCUGUGUAUCUUAUAAUAAUUUUGGAGGUAGUUUGGAAAUGUCUAUAGGAAAUUUAUCCACCGUACUUAGUCAAUUUGUUAUUGGAGGAAACCAAAUAUAUGGACGAAUUCCAAUAGAACUAGGAAAUCUAAUUAGCUUGAGUCUCUUAGCCAUGGAAGAUAACCAUUUGGAAGGAAGAAUUCCAUCUAAUUUUGGGAUGUUUCAAAAGAUACAAUUUCUAGGUUUGGGUGGAAACAGAUUAUCAGGGGAUAUACCAGCAUCCAUAGGCAAUCUCAGUCAGCUGUAUGCUUUGGGACUAUAUGACAAUAUUCUAGAAGGAUAUAUUCCCCCAAAUAUUGGAAAUUGUCAAAUGUUGCAAUCCUUAAGCCUUUCACAAAACAACCUGACAGGAGUCAUACCAUCAGAGAUUUUUAGUAUUUCGUCUUUGACAAAUUUAUUGAAUUUGUCACUAAAUUCACUGAGUGGUAGCUUACCGAAAGAAGUGGGAAAGCUAAAAAAUAUCAAUGAUCUAGAUGUCUCUAUGAAUCAUUUGUCUGGUGACAUUCCUGAAACUAUUGGUGAAUGUUCAAGCUUAGAAAAUAUUCGAUUGCAAGGAAACUCCUUCAAUGGAACAAUACCAUCUUCUUUGGCUUCUCUCAAAGGUCUUCGAUAUUUAGACCUUUCAAGUAAUCAAUUGUACGGACCAAUUCCUGAAGUUAUGCAGAAUAUCUCCGGCUUGGAAUACUUGAAUGUUUCUUUUAACAUGUUGGAAGGCCAGGUGCCAACAAAUGGUGUUUUUGGAAAUGCAACCCAAAUAGCAUUGAUUGGAAACAUUAAACUUUGCGGAGGUAUUUCAAAACUGCAUCUACCACCAUGCCCUAUCAAGAGUGAGAAGCACACAAAACACCAUAAAUUCAGGUUGGUAGCAGUGAUAGUCAGUGUGGUUUCUUUUCUUAUACUGUCAUUUAUUAUAACUAUCUACUUCAUGAAGAAAAGAAACAAAAAACAGUCAUUUGAUUCACCAACAACUGACCACCUAGCUAAGGUUUCAUACCAAGAAUUAUUUCAAGGAACCGAUGGAUUCUCGACUAGAAACUUGAUCGGAUCAGGAAAUUUUGGUUCAGUGUACAAAGGAAAUCUUGUGUCUGAAGAUAAUGUUGUUGCCGUAAAGGUCUUGAACCUCCAAAAGAAAGGAGCACACAAAAGUUUCAUUGUUGAAUGUAAUGUACUAAAAAACAUUAGACACCGGAACUUAGUUAAGAUUUUAACAUGUUGUUCUGGUACGGAUUACAAGAAUCAAGAAUUUAAAGCUCUAGUUUUUGAGUACAUGAAAAAUGGAAGCUUAGAACAGUGGUUGCAUCCCGAGAUUUUAAAUGCAGAGCAUCCAAUAACAUUGGACCUUGGUCAUAGAUUAAACAUCAUUAUCGAUGUUGCUUCUGCGUUACAUUAUCUUCAUCAGGAAUGUGAACAAUUGGUCAUUCAUUGUGAUCUAAAGCCAAGCAAUGUCCUUCUUGAUGAAGACAUGGUUGCUCAUGUGGGUGAUUUUGGCAUAUCAAGACUUGUCUCAGCCAUUGGUGGUACAUCUCAGUCAAAUACUAGCACAAUUGGAAUCAAAGGAACCAUUGGUUAUGCUCCUCCAGAGUAUGGAAUGGGUUCUGAAGUGUCCACAUGUGGUGACAUGUAUAGCUUUGGAAUUCUUGUGUUGGAAAUGCUUACGGGUAGAAGACCCACUGAUGAUGUUUUGGAAGAUGGUCAAAAUCUGCAUGAAUUUGUUGCAAUUUCAUUUCCUGAUAAUCUUAUAAAGGUUUUGGAUAUAAAUCUUGUAUCAAGAGAUGCAGAAGUUGAAACACAAGAUCGAAAUCAUGACAAUCUCCUUCAAACUUUAGAUGGGUGCUUAGUUUCACUCUUUAGGAUUGGACUUAUUUGCUCAAUGGAAUCACCAAAAGAAAGAAUGAGUAUUGUGGAUGUCACUAGAGAGCUUAGCCUAAUCAAGAAGGCCUUUUUCAAUGGUGAGAUAAUUGAUAUUUUUUACGCUUAGAGUGUGUUUGGAUGAGGUAAUUAGAAAUUUUAAGGGAAUUUAAAAUUCAAAGCAAUUCAAAUGAUUCAAUUGAAAUCCAUUCAUUUUAAAUUAUUUUGUUUGGAUGAAGUAUUAAGGUAAUUCAUUGUUAGAUUUUUUGGGUCAUUUUUUUAUAAAAUAUAAAUUUUUUGGACCAAAUUAAAAAAUUG